AUUAUUGUGUGCGUUCUGCUGGGUCAGUGCUUUCUGAAAACUUCUAUCGGGUAGAUUUUGUGAUAAUUUUGCUCGAUAUUUUGUCAAUUACUCACGCUAUUGCUUGUAUUUCACCACCAUCAGCUGCCCCUGACCACUUGCCAGUGACUGAGCGAGGAGAUUUUGCAGAGAGUACAGUGAUUAGCGAAGAAAAAGCGGAGACAUGUCGGAGUUUGUUUGGGCCCUGAAAAACGGUGACUUGGAUCAGGUGAAAGAUCUAAUAGAGAAGAAGGGCGUGGAGGUGAACAGGGACAUCGAUGGCCGCCGGCCAAUUCACUUCGCCGCCGAUUACGGGCAGACGGAAGUGCUGGAGUACUUGAUCACGAAGGGGGCAGACGUGAAUGCCCUCGACAAGCACGGCAUCUCCGUCCUCUUGGCGGCCAUCUGGGAGGGACACACGAGCUGCGUGGAGACGCUCCUGAAGAAGGGCGCCAGCAAAGAGGGAUCCGCUCCGGACGGCACUAGCUACCGGGAUGCUGCCGAGAAGCCCGAGAUCAAGGCUCUGCUGUCCUAAGUCGAAACUGCAGCGUACGAUAUGAGUUUUCCUCCGGGAAUCUUCCAAGAAGCAUUUUCAUUGCAAAGGAAUAUUUAUAUUUCAUGGAAUUA